GGUUGGACAUGGUUUAAAAGGAACUAGGCGAAUGGGAGUUCAGGAAAUGGUUGUUAUGUUCUUAAAGAUGGUUGGACAUGGAAUUGGAGUGGGCAAUAGGAUGUUAUAAGAAAGAUUUCAACACUCCGAUGAAACUGUAAGUAUGCAUUUUCAUAGAGUAUUAGUUUCUUGUCUAAGGCUCGCUAUUGAAUACAUCAAACCAUGAGAUCCACAAUUUCGUUAUAUCGACACAAAAAUUCGAAAUGAUCGGCGAUAUUGGCCAACUUUCAAGAAUGCUAUAGGAGCAAUUGAUGGUACUCAUAUCACGUGUGUGGUUAGUGCUAGUGAGCAACCCAAAUUUAUUGGUAGAAAGGGACAUCCAACACAAAAUGUAAUGGCUGCAUGUGAUUGGAGCAUGUGCUUUAUUUUUGCAUUACCAGGAUGGGAAGGCACCGCACACGAUGCUCAAGUAUUUGACAAUGCCCUCACAACUCCUUCUAUGAAAUUUCCACACCCACCUCUAGGUAAGUAUUAUUUGGUGGAUGAUGGGUACCCAACACCAACCGAGUAUUUUGGUCCAUAUAGACGUGAACGCUAUCACCUUCCAGAUUUUAGGCGUUCAGCUGGAUUUUCAAAUCAUAAUGAGGUGUUCAAUUAUUACUAUUCAAGUUUAAGGUGCACGAUAGAAAAUACUUUUGGGGUAUGGAAGAGAUUUGAAAUUUUGCGUCAUAUGCCAAGGUACAAAUUUGAAACACAAGUUCAAAUAGUGAGUGCAACAUUGACCUUACACAAUUUUGUCAGAAGGAAGUCUGAAACUGAUUCUAACUUCCAUCGCUAUGAAUGAGAUGAUAUAGAUGAGCAUGAAGGUGAUGGUUAUGUUGGUGAGUAUGCAUUCGUUGGUUCAAAUGUAAGAUCUUUGACGGAAAUGGAUGUUCUUCGUGACUUAAUCAAAGAUCAAA